GAUUGCCAAAGUAACGGCGGAGCCCCUUGAGCUCGUGGCACGGCUCCGCCGCGCUGCCGUGGCUGCUGGGAACGGAGGCCCGGCUGAGCUGCGCUGCGGCUUACGCCUGAUGUGUGGCUCCGAGGUGCUGCGCGACAGUGCGACCCUGUUGGAUUCGGGCCUUGGAGGUGGCGGCACGGUGGACGUGGUGAAGGUUCCGGCCCUUGAGCUCUGGCGCGAGAGCAACAUCGCUUGGAACUCGAUCCAAGUUCCGCUGACCGGCCCACUCGGCGAGGGCAUCGAGGUGCGGCAAGUGGGUCGAGAUCGCCUCCUGGCAUUCCCAGCGCGCCCGGCCUGGCGGCACUAUCCUGACAGCGAUGACGAAGAUCUUGCAGACUCUGAAUACUCGGAUUUCAUCGGCCCCUACGAGAUCAAGCGUUUCGAGGCCUCGGACGUCUGGUUGAUCGGCACCAACGAGCCCUUCGCAUUGGAGGGCUCUGUGCCGACCAGCUCCGGCUACAUCAGCGCGAGAAGGGUCCCCUUACCUCUGCCGGAGGGUCACGGCAUCCACGCCUUUAAGCUGGAGAACGGCUGCGCCACCGUGCUGAUGGCUCCGGGGUUGCCGGGUGAAGCCAUGGAGGGCCUGAAGGAUGGGAUGCUUCAGAAAUUCCGCCUCUGUGGACUGGAGGAGGACGAUCUCCGCGCGGCCCGUUUCCAGGCAGAAGGUGCUCCUGUUCCCUUCAAGUUCAGAUUCCCAGCCGUGUUCCAUGGGCAUGAUCCUCGCAUGGAGGGCUAUAAUGUGGUUCUGCGCAACUUCGACUGGCAGGAGGGCGACAAGUCGGACGGCCGCAGGGGCAAAGGUUUCGGACGGGGCCUACCAGCACGAAAUGACGGGAUCUUUGGUCGUGAUCGCUGCGGCCAGCUGCUCGCCCGAGUUUGCGCUCAACAAGAUCCCGGUCAAGAUCUUCAGCGGGGCUUCAAUAUCGAAGUUUGUGAACUGCAAGAAGGAGGGGAGCCGAAGCUGUUGGCCUCCUGGAAAGCCGCAGGCCAUAUUAACCACGCCUGCCAGGCUUUGGGCGACCGCCUCUUGCUGAUGCCAACCCGUGCUGGUGAGGACGCUUUCUAUGAGAGCAUGCAGCUGAUCGAGUGGCCUACGCAGAGCCAAGUGCGAAAGGUUCCCCUCCAGUUUCGGCCGAGCUACAUUGAAGGCGAGUGGCCGCGUGGGAUCUUGUCAGGGAGCACACAGACUUUCUUUACCUGCCACGAGACGGAC